UUGUAUCAGAGAGCCCUAGGAAGUUGCAUGGGCCAACUCCAUGCCUACUAAAAGGGUCACGCAGUUGCAGUAGAGUUGGUACUAGAACCAGGAUAUAUGCCCCCAAGCCUGGGGCUCUGAUUGUUGCCCCCAAAGUCUGUUCAGAGUCUGGGAUCCUUCAAUUAUAGGAGGCAAAUCAAAUUUGUUUGAGUUCUAGAUGGGCCCAGCUGGGAUCUGGCUACAUUCUCCUACUUCCUGAUGUCAGGCACAUGGUGGGCGCUCUGGGAACUCUGCUGAGUGUCAUGUGCAGGGGGAGGAGCCAGUGGCUUGUUCGGGUUUGGGGCUGGAGUAGCCUGGCUUAGGAGGAAGGAUCUCCAGCCACUGUUGGAGGAAGUGACACCGUUCUAGGCCUACCAUCUCCUCCUUUCCAACAGCACCUGCAGUCAUAUUCAGGGGCCACCCAGCUGGCUAUAUGAGGGCCCUUUCCUCUUUCAGGGUAAUAAAAGGAAAGUACAUUUUCGGUAGAAAAGUCCCUCCUGCUCCCUGGGAAUCCCCCGUGGCGGGAUGGAUCAUGGGAUAUCCCAGAGGAAGCCGAAGGCGGGGCCCUCCGCCUCCCCGUAGACAAUGCAGCCAGGUUCUCCCACGCUGCACCAGCUGGCCUGUGGGGCCCCCUAAGGUCAUUUUAUCCAGGCCCCUGCCUUCUGGUGGGCAUGCCUGCAGGAAGGCUUUGCCACCUCUCUAAUGGUCCACAGCAAGUCUGAAAAGCGCUCCAGGCCUCUGAGAUGCAGUGAAAGUGGAGAGGAUGGGAGGGCUAUGGGAGCUUGACAGGGGGAGGUAGGGUAGCCUGGAAAUAGAGCAGGGCUGCUGGACCUAGGGAUGAUUUCGAUGCCAGGCAGGGGUAGCAGAGGUUGGCCAAAAGCUGAGAGGUGAGACGAAUGAUAUGUUGGGAAGUCAAAGCCCAUUUGACUGACCACUGUGUUUUCCCAUACCCUUGGCUCUGGCAUCCAAGUCCGUACCCCUGGACACCUGGCCUUGGAUCCAGCCUGGCCAUGGCGCUGUGCCUGAAGCAGGUGUUCGCCAAGGACAAGACAUUCCGUCCUCGCAAGCGCUUUGAGCCCGGCACACAGCGCUUUGAGCUGUAUAAGAAGGCUCAGGCAUCACUCAAGUCGGGCCUGGACCUGCGCAGUGUGGUGAGGCUGCCACCUGGUGAAAACAUCGACGACUGGAUCGCCGUGCACGUGGUGGACUUCUUCAAUCGCAUCAACCUCAUCUAUGGCACCAUGGCCGAACGCUGCAGCGAGACCAGCUGUCCAGUCAUGGCAGGAGGGCCCCGCUAUGAGUACCGCUGGCAGGAUGAGCGCCAGUACCGGCGACCUGCCAAGCUCUCUGCACCACGCUAUAUGGCCUUGCUCAUGGACUGGAUUG